AUGGCGAGCUGUCGCUUUUCUCUGCAGUGGAAAUUGUCGGCAGGUUUUCUCGCUUGGCUGGAUUCCAGUGCGACGUGCCAGCGGCAACUCAAGACUAUGAAUGAGGAGAUCCAACUUAUGAAUGGGAAAGCGCUUGAAUCGGAGAGAGUGGAUAUCUGCCGAGAUUCCGUCAUCCGAUCAUCAGUCCGUAUUGCAAUUCCUGAGGCUGCAGGCACAACGCCUUGCGAGAGCAUGAAUGCGAAUCGCAGAGAGGAGAGGCUGACGAUGGAUGUCACAGGGAAAAAAUACAUGCACCCGUGGGCACAGUAA